CGGAUUGCGAGCGAGAAUUCGAAACAUGAAGCCAUAUGCUGGUACAAUUUCCUCGAAACCUCCUUUUAUCUUCUCGCUUUUGCCGGACAUGAUGAUCGGUAAAAACCAUCUAUUCUUCGUUGAUAUCAAAUGCAAAUCCAUGUCCACCCAAGCCCAACAAGAAAGUAAGCCGCGACUUUAAAUUACUACAUCUCACGACAGGGACAUCCUUCGCUCGUCCUUCUUACCACUUCCUCGGCGAAUUGCCCAUCUACGGUUACAAGCAGAAGCAUAUCUCCGCACUCACUGGAAGCAGUUUUCCACUAGGCCGUGUGAUGAAUCCGCCAACUGCAGCGGCCGCAUGGGAGGCAAGGAAGGAUGAAAUCCUACGCUAUCAGGAUCUAAUGAAAGUGAGAGGUUCUAUGGAUCAUAAGCAAACGGUGGUGGAAACGAAGGCGCCGACGAUUACACGUACUACUAAAGUCAUAGGCUUGGAUUUUUGAUUGUCGGGAUCUUCUCAAGUUCAUCAAGUAAAACAAGGUAGCUCUGUGAAGUUAGCACUCGUCAUGUUCUUGAUCUUGUUGAAAAGUGUGCUGACACACACACACUCUUCAUCACUCCAUCGAUCAAGAACAUUUCUUCACCAGGUCUGAACCUCCGCCGCUUCUUCGAUGACGAGGGUCUGGAUCCAUUUGAGACGUUCGGCUUGCCCUUCGAGAUGUUCUUCGAUGCCUUAGAUCGAGAAGGCAAC